AUGCUCUUAUAUCCAGGCGGAACGGCACGGACUGUUCUGAUUACGGGAGCCACUGCUGGCAUUGGCCAGGCUCUGGCAGAGCGCAUGAUCGAGAACGGCAUCUUCGUGAUUGCCGUGGGCCGACGCAAGGACCGUCUCGAAGCUUUGCUGGCCAAGUAUGGGACCGACAAGAUUGCUAUCGAGCCCUUCGAUGUCUCCGAUGUCGAAGCCAUUCCCACUUGGGCCAAAGAAGUUACUACAAAGUACCCGGAUCUGUCCAGCAUCUUUCUCAACGCUGGAAUCCAGCGGACCAUUGACUUCACCCAUCCGGAGGCCAUCUCCCUAGACCGGGUGAACACAGAGCUGACCACGAACUACACGUCACCUCUUCACACGCUGGUCGCCUUCCUACCACACCUCACGUCGCUGGAACCGCGCCCAGCCAGCAUCGUGCUCGUGUCGUCUGGCCUCGCACUUAUUCCCAUCCCACGUUGUGCCAACUACUGUGCGACCAAGGCGGCCAUGCACAGCCUCGCCUGGACGCUGCGCUCGCAGCUCUCGGCGCCGUCAUCGCCGGAGACACAGCACAUCCGCAUCAUUGAGAUCAUCCCGCCCGCCGUGCAGACCGAGCUGCACACGCAGCAGCCCGACCUGGCCGCGGCCGGGCAGGGCCCCAUCGGGAUGCCUCUGCAGGAAUUCCUGGAGGAGACUUGGAGCGCGCUGGAAAAGGGCGACGAAGAUGAGAUUCUCGUCGGACCUAAUCGUGAACGGUGGGGCACGGUCGAGAAUGAAAAGAAGGCAGGGUUCAAGAUGGUGGAGGGCAUUGCCAGAAAGGGCACGGUGGCUCCUUGA